CUUUAUAAGAAAUUAUGAAUUAUAGGUAAAAGUCAGUUUUAAAGGCUCUGUCCGUUGUUGAAAGAUGUUGCACCCGAGUAUCUUCCUGCUGUUGCCCGUACUUUUCGACUCGUCGGCGUCGACGAGUGAGGACGACGUGGUCGGGGGGAUACUCUACCCGCGGCCAUCGGAGUCCAGGGAGGUGAGGUCUCUGGACGGCCUGUGGAACUUCCGCAUCCCUCCGGACGAGGACCGCUACAAGGGCGUCGCCGAGGGGUGGUACGAGCAGGAGCUGUGGAAGACGGGGGACGUGAUAUCCAUGCCGGUGCCCGCCAGCUACAACGACAUCCCGCCGGAGGUGCGGUACCGCCGCUUCUUCGGCCUGGCGUGGUACCAGCGCGACUUCUUCGUGCCGCGCCACUGGAGCGGUCGCCGCGUGUGGCUGCGCUUCGGCAGCGUCUUCUACGCCGCCGUCGUCUGGGUGAAUGGACAGAAGGUAGCAUCGCACAGCAUCGGCCAUCUUCCUUUUGCCGCCGAGGUGUCGAAGCAGCUGAAGUACGGAGAGAAAAAUCUGAUAGUUGUCAGCGUCAACAACACGUUAAGUCCUACAACAGUUCCUCAAGGCAAGAUAAAGACAGUCCAAACGGACAAUGGGACGAAGGAAUAUCUAUACGUCGAGGUAGACUUUUUCCAGUACGCCGGCAUCGACCGUCCUGUAUUCCUUUACACCACGCCGCAAGUUUACAUCGACGACAUCACCGUUACUACCAACAUAGAGAACACCACAGGUGUGAUAGACUACACUGUGACGUACGGCGGGUUGGUGGAAGGCGAAGAGACUCCUUCGGUGUCGGUCAGUUUGUACGACAGGGACGAAGAGAUCGUCGCUACCUCUACGGGGGCAAAAGGACGCCUGGAAGUGCCUCAUGCUAGGCUCUGGUGGCCCUACUUGAUGCAUUCGGAUCCAGCCUACCUGUACCAGCUUCAGGUGAACGUGAGCGAGCGAGAGACGGACGUCUACCAUCUGCCAGUGGGGAUAAGGACUGUGAGUUGGAAUUCCACAACGUUCUUCAUCAACGGCAAGCCGCUGUACCUCCGCGGCUUCGGUAGACACGAGGAUUCGGAUAUCCGGGGCAAAGGAGUGGACUUCCCUCUGAUACUGCGUGACUACAACCUCAUCAGAUGGACGGGAGCUAACGGCUACAGAACUUCCCAUUACCCAUACGCGGAAGAGAUAAUGGACUUCUCCGACCAACAGGGGAUCGUGAUCAUCGACGAAUGCCCCAUAGUCAACGCGCACGACUGGUCGGACGAGCUGCUGAGGAACCACAAGCGGGCGCUGACGGAGAUGGUUCGUCGGGACAAGAACCGGCCGUCGGUCGUCAUGUGGUCCGUGGCCAACGAGGCAUCCACCACCGAGGAGCAGGCGGAGCCCUACUUCAAAUCGGUGACAGAGCACGCCAGAUCACUGGACGGCACCAGGGCGAUCACGCAAGCCAUCAACCAGGGUUACGACACCGACAGAGCGGCGCAGUUCCUCGACGUGAUAUGCGUGAACGAGUACCUGGGCUUCUACAAGUACCCGGGGGUGCUGGGCGCGGUGAGGCCCGGGGUGCUCUCCCUGCUGCGCAACUGGCACGCCAAGCACCGCAAGCCGCUCAUGGUGUCCGAGUACGGAGGGGACUCCAUGGUUGGGCUGCACCUGCUGCCGAGCGCCAUCUGGAGCGAGGACUACCAGGCGGAGCUGCUGCGGGCGCAGUUCGCGGGCUUCGACGACGCCCGGGCCGAGGGGUUGUUCGCCGGCGAGAUGAUCUGGAACUUCGCCGACUUCAUGACCGACCAGAGAGUGAAGAGAAUAGACGGAAACAGGAAAGGUGUUUUUUCAAGAAACCGACAACCCAAGCAAGCGGCAUUUACUUUGAGGAAGCGUUAUCUCUCCCUGGCCAAGAAUGAUACUAGUGGAAAUUUCAUCUAGUAUAAUUAUUGCUCAAUUAAAAAAAAUAGAAUGCUAGUUUUUUUAAGUAGUGGCAAUUACAUAACAUUAUAUAUUUUUAUGAAAUUUUUUUUUUUCUUAGUGUGGUCUUUCAGGUUAGGUAAAGGUACGGUCUUACCUGGCACAAUCAAGGUGACGGGACCUCCAAGAUUAAAUUAGUUUCCAAACCACGUGGUGCCGGUUAGACGCUCAUAAAUUCGUCAUACUGAAGGCAAGGAUCGAACCCACGACCCUCGACGCGUGAGAAUGACGUGACCAGCGUUUUUUCCUGGUUUUAUUUGAGAGUUUGAUGGCCACUCCUUUUGAAAGACGUACACGGUAUUUUUUUUUUUUUUUGCUGUAAUUUGUAACCUAUAUUUUCGGACGUGAAAUAUCAGACUACUGCAUAUUUUUUUGUUGACUGCUUGACGUACAAAAAUAACAUAUUGCCAUAUUUCGCUGAUUGUUGUAUUCUUUCACUGAUUUUAAUUAUUAUUGUUUUCCCGCCAAAAUGACAUUUGGUGUACAUGAACGAUGUAUUUAUCUACGAUCCUUUAAAAAAUUGUCAAUUUCGUCGUGUGUAGUAGCCAAAACAUGACGUGAAUUACUUUGUAAAAACUUCACUGGUUGCGAAUGGGAAACCACCGUGCUGACUCUUCUGUAAAUGAGUGGGAGAUAUGUCAUAUUCUGGAUGAAGAAUAUUCGUGCGCACAAUCGCGGAUUCGACGUGCUAGUUCCAGUUUUGUUAGGAGGGAAAGUCUCGUCCAGUUCAGUGAACCUUAACCAAAUAUUUACACGCAGAAAAAAUUUAACCAUGUUAAUAUAAACAUAAAUGUACUGAAUAAUAUUCAAGACCAGGGUUACAGUUAUGUUAUGAAUGAAGGGUGAAUUUAAUAAACAAAUAAUCAAAAUAAAUGUUUAUAAAUUUCUUGCAGAAA